AAAAAAAAAAAAAAAAAAAAAAAGAUAUAGAGUUCAGCGCAGCCAGGAACAAGGGAAAGAAAGGACAGGCAAGAUGACGGAACAGGUUCUUACAACACCACCUCCGCCGGCUGAUUCCUUCAUCGUCAUCAACGGAGUAGAUGAUCGCGAUGCUGGCAUCUACUCGGACAACUUUUAUUCUCAGCGUAUGGGCCCUUUUAGAAGCGCUCUACGGCGACGAAUGCUUCCCUGGGUUCGAAAUGAGACAGACGAUCUUGCUGCUCUCCAGGAUCGAUGGAGGACACCCUUUCUGGACAGCUACUUCACAUUGACAGCCUUUGCUGGCCAUCCUCUGUUCUUUGUGUGCAUCCUGCCAAUAAUGUUUUGGUAUGGCCACUCGGUCUUUGCGCGCGGCUUCGUAAAUGUCGCCUGUGUCGGUGUCUUUGUCACCUCCUGGAUCAAGGACUAUCUCUGCCUGCCUCGACCUCUCUCGCCGCCCCUGAUCCGACUCUCGCGUUCCAAGCGAGUCCACUUGGAGUACGGUUUUCCAUCCACGCAUACGAGCAAUGCGACUUCGAUCGCAUUAUACCUUCUUUCCUAUUUGCUCAUUUCGGACUGGUCUAUCGUCGCCAAGAUCCUUUCGAUAUUCAGUUUGGGCGUAUACCUGUUCAGCGUGGUCUUUGGUCGCCUGUAUUGCGGUAUGCACACAAAGACGGACAUUAUGGGUGGAACCGUUAUUGGCAUCGUCGUCUGGGCCGCUCAAUGGGCCUUUCACGACUCUAUUGAUGCUCUGAUGACCGAAUCCAGCUGGAAAGUUAUCUUUGCGGUCGUCCUUGGGGGCAUCGUCCUGAUCCAGAGCAUUCCCGAAACAAUGGACAGCUGUCCGUGUAUUGACGAUGGGGUCACCACUAUGGCAGUGAUUAUGGGUGUCUUCCCCGCGAGCCAGCACUUUGCGCUCUCCAAUUAUGCAGUCAGUGCUGAUGGUCAUAAUGGCAUCGUUCACUACGACCCUACUCUCGGCUUCACAGAGUCAAUUCUCCGAUUCGUGUUUGGGCUAGCGGUCGUAUUCACUUGGCGCAUGGUAGCCAAGAAGAUACUGUACAUUGUUCUGCCUCCUGUGUACAGAUAUUUCAACCUGCCAUCGCGAACUCACUUUGUCCCUGCAAAGACGUAUGGAAACCUUCGCAGACAACCAAUUGGUCGCGUCCCUUCGGUCAUGGAUCUACAAGCUCUAGCUGACUCGUCCAUCGAGAUCGUGGGUCCACAGUCGACCAUGGAUAUCCAUGAACAGUUCUCACAGAGUCGGUCCUCUAAGCGGCUGAGUAUGCGGAAUCUGCCAGACUACGACAUUGGGACAAAGGAACACUUCGGGCUCCGUCCCAGUCAAGCCAGCAAAGCGCGCCAACAAACACAAGAAAGCGAGGUAAAGACAUCGCUAGAGGUGCUGGAUGGAGACAGUCUAAAAUCAGAAUGCGAGCUGGAUGAGUCGGAAAAGAUCGCGAUGGAAAAAUUCGAGGCGGAGCAUCCAAGUUGGGCGCGGUUCGAUGUCGAUAUUGUUAUCAAGACUGUGGUCUAUGCAGGUAUUGGAUGGUUGGCUGUGGACAGCAUUCCAAUCAUGUUUGAGUACAUAGGCCUUGGUACUUCCUCACUUCACGCCUAGACUAGCAACCUUAGCCUGGAAAAUAAAUACGGAUCAUUCAAGUCGGAC